GGACUUCAUUGGUAGCCCAGGAUUCGAAACCCCAUGUUGGGUUAGGUUGGGCACCCGGUCAAUGGCUCGUCCUCCUCGGGACGUCUUGCGAGCACUGGCCUUCUAGAUGCCAAGACGAGGCAAGGUCGCAGCGAUCGUAGUGAUCGUAGUGAAGUGAUUCCGCGCCUCCUCAGUGAUUGGCCCAAAGGGCGAUAAUGAGUGCGACGGCGCCAACGCAGAGCCGUCAUGAAUCGUGGCAGGGAUAGAUAUUGCUUAGUGCCGAGGAGCGUUCGCGGGCAAGGAGAGUGAACGAGUGAGCGCGCGCAUGCGAGGCAGUCGGUCAAUUGGGUAUCACGGAGGAGAGCGCGAGGACAGCAGGAAGAGAAAAGCUUCGAAACUCGUGUAGUGUCGCGCGGUGAUGGAGAAAUCGAAUCGUCCGUCAAUGAUGCAGAUCCUGAGGUUUCAGUUGCCUUGUCUCCCCCGACGAAGCGCGCUCUUGGUUGCCAAGCAUUCUUCGCUGCAGCUCGAAUUGCGCCUCCCCCCGUCACGACGUGCUCCGAGUCAGAGCCCCCCGUGGUCACCAGCACGAGCAGCAAUUCAGCUCGGCCACCGGCGAGCAGCAUCGACCAAACCCACGCAGGCAUGGCGACGAGCGCGCCUCUCGGCUCUACCUCGGCCAUCAUCAUCGUCGAGUCGUGAACUGGGCAACUCCGAGCGGAGCGCUAUGCUGAGGAAGCUCAGCAUCUGCACGGGCUGGAAGUCAGCGAAGAGAAGUCAUACGACGAUCCGCACAUCGCCACAGCUCAGGAAGGAUGGCCCGGGAGCACAGCGAAGCGAGGACGAGAGUGCUCCGAAUUCGGUGGAGAAAUCAGAGGUCGACGACGAGGGCAGGGUCUGCGCGGCGGUUGCCAGCACCAGCGAGAAGCAAUGGGACGAUGUGAUUCCAUCGGAGGACGCCACCUUCCUCGCGUCGAUCAUGACGCGAUACAAUUUCAUCCGCGUGUUGGAGGUGGCCAAAACGUCGGACCAUCCCAUGGCCGGCGCCAGAGUGCUGCUCCUGGACAAAUUCGGGAACGUGCACAGCUUGUACCACGAGUACCGAUUGCUCACCGAUUCCUACUACGAUGUCUUCCCCACGCUCCCGGCCAUCAUUCCCGACGGCCCGAUUGGCAUUUUCGGCCUCGCGGCAGGCACCGCCGCGCGCCUCAUCCACUACUUCUGGCCGGACCGCGACAUCUAUGGCUGGGAGCUGGACCCGGCCGUCGUGUACGUCGCGAGGAAGUACUUCAGCCUGGAAGAGCUCGAGUGCUCGCACGACUUCCAUCGCCCUGGCCCGAUGGAGCUUGGCCCGAUGGAGGAGGGGGGCUUCGUCGGCCCCGCGAGCUACAGGAAGUGGAAGAGGGACCAUGGCAGCAGCGUGUUCGCGCAGAAUGGCGGCGGGCGUCGGGCCGACGGGAGGCUGAGGGUGGUGAUCGGCGACGCCCUGAGCGCCGACGCUGCGGUGCACGGGGGCUUUGCGGGACUCAUCGUGGACCUCUUUGCGGAGGGAGCCGUUGUGCCGGCGCUGCAGGAGCCCGGCGUCUGGCGGGCGAUGAAGGAGAAAUUGCGACCGGGCGGUCGGAUUAUGAUCAACUGCGGAGGGUCGUGCGUCGACGCCGGCGUGGGGAAGAAAGACGGCCGCAUCACCAUGGAGGAGACGGUGGCCGCAAUUGCGCGAGAGUUUCCGGGUCAGUUGUCGGUCCUGCCUCUGCGCCGUCGUGGUGAUAAUUACAUCGCGCUGACUGGCCCUCCGCCGGAUCUCGAAGCCUGGUGCCACUGUCUUCCCGAAUGCUUGCAGGUGGGUUGCGCGGAUUGGCUCCCCGUCAGCGACACGGGCACAAUUGCCUCUGCCUCUCAGGCCGUCGACUAAAUCCCCAAUUCCGCUAUCGUUCCACGAGACCAACUCUUUCGUCAUCCACCGCAGAGCUUCUUCGUCCUCGAUUUCGUGAUGUGACCCGAACACUCCAUCGCCGCUAGCGAAGAACCGAUGUUGUGGUUCUCACUCAGACCUUCAUUCUGGACUCGGCAACUGUGGCUGUCCUUCAGUGAACCUUUGGUCUUCCACCGAUCGGCCGAAGCGCACGCUUCAAGCUCUGUCUAAUCCACGCGUCGUUGAGAUGAUCUUCAAGGUCCUCCAGCAGAGGCUUUCUUCUUAUGGACCGUCCUGUGGAGCAAGUGAGCAAGUGUUCAGGCACGAGAUACCUGACUUUGGACGAGUCGGAGAAAGUGGAUCCGCGAGCCCCUCUGUGUAUGUGAGGAAGGAGGAACACGUGCCAACGAGAACAGGAAGUAGAGUCACUGGAUUAUGUGGAUAUAUUCGUGCUCAAUAGUCGUGCCAGAUUGACGAAUGUACAGAUACGUCGACGUAUCCCCUUCAUCGAAAAAGCAGUACGUUCUCCUCUGAGGGAUCGCGCAUUCGAGGCUCAGAAGAGGUCGUAGGGGUUGCUCUCGCAUUCUCCCUACUUGAAUUUUGUUCAUGCUUGAUGUACCUGUUUGAGCCUGUGUUGAGAUCUCGCGAUGGUUUGAGGUCUUUUCGGGAAUUUCCCAUGAAUCUGUUCACGUGCCCAAGACAAUGUGAAUUUGAGUUUUCACUGGCGGGAACAGAUCAGAAAAGAAGUAGAACUCACGUUUCUCACGGCUGUGAUCACUUCUUUUAGGAUCAAGAUCCUAUUAUCCGCACCCUCUUAGAGGAGAUGUGUUCAAUAGAGGUGCGUCUCUAGGUAGAGUAGAAACAAAAGAAUGAAACCUUAUGAGGUCUAACCCUAGAAGGUGUAGCCCCAUCUUUGAAGAAGUUAUGGGCAUCCCAACCAGGAAGAACAUCUUACGCUGGCUACUCGUGGCUUUACCUUCCAUCUACAGGUAUGACAUAUAACACUGGGAAAUUGUUCGGUAGGCAGAAUUACUGUGGGGAGGAACUCUCCAAUGUCAAUGUUUUGAUAAGAAUGUUUACCAGUUUCGUUCUUCCAGUGAAAAACCCCACCUCUCCCUUGGGCCAAUUGUCAGUUCCUGUUCAUAUGCUCACAGUGGAUAUUUAUACGACGAAGGUUAAAACGGCGGGCAGUAAUGACAGGAAGUGAUACCGAUGUACUAAUUCAUAAAGACAGAUGAGCACGUUCGACGUGAAUGAAUAUGGAAAUUUUCAUAUGCAUUUUUUGGUGUACCACAAUGUUCAUCAUCGCAAAACCCUGUAAUGAAAAUAUCUUUUUGAGA